AUCAAGCUAGGCUAUGCUAUGUUUUAUACAGUCUAUGUAUAUAGCUAACGUUACUCUGCGGCCUAAAAACAAAGCUACAGUAGUAAGAGUGCCUGUCCGUGCGCAUAUGUGUCCCCCGUCAAGGAAGCAACUGCAGCUACCAUGAUGACGUAGGCAGCACACUUUUCUAUAAUUUCUCUCACCACAAAAAAAAAGAAAAAGGAGCAGAAGAGGGAGGAAAGCGUCCGGAGACGGACCCACAAUCUUGAACUAACGUAACUCCCGAUGUACAUGAGACAUUUUUCCAGGCUAUUUUCAGCUAUGGCUGGACCCAGGCCUGUGGUUCUUAGCGGCCCGUCCGGGGCAGGGAAGAGCACUCUGCUGAAGAAGCUCAUGAAAGAAUAUGACAGCGUCUUUGGCUUCAGCGUCUCCCAUACAACAAGAAAUCCUCGACCUGGAGAAGAGAACGGCAAAGAUUACCAUUAUGUCACACGGGAGGUGAUGCAGAUGGGGAUUGACAAAGGCGAUUUCAUUGAGAACGCAGAGUUUUCUGGGAACAUGUACGGGACGAGUAAAGCUGCUGUGCAAGACGUCCAGGCCAAGAACCUCAUCUGUAUACUUGACAUUGACAUGCAGGGUGUGAGGAACAUCAAAAAAACUGACCUGAGGCCCAUCUACAUCUCUAUCCAGCCGCCAUCCAUGGCAGUCCUGGAAAAACGUUUAAGAGACAGAAAAACCGAGUCAGAGGAGAGCCUCCAGAAGCGUUUACGUGCAGCCGAGAUUGAAAUGGAGUUUAGUAAAGAACCUGGUGUAUUUGAUGCCGUAAUCGUCAAUGAUAAUUUGGAGGAUGCUUAUGGGCAGUUAAAACAUGCUCUUCUGGAGGAAAUUAAUAUGGUCAAGAAAAUCAACAUGUCUUCGUAGGAGACCGCAGCGUACUGACAGCUUUUUAGUCCCAUCCAGCCACUCCUCACAAAACCACAGACCUUCAUUGCAGUUGUGAACAUUCCCUCAGAUGGUGGUCUGUGAAGCUCAAACAUCCCUUAGUCUAUACACAAAUGCAUACAGUAGGUUUUACAUGGUGUUUAGAAGUAGUUCUUACCAAAUGAUAUAUUACAUACUGUAAAGUGGAACUUUUUUUACUGACAGGAAGCGCUUUCCAUAUUUUUAUUUUUAUUUGUAUGAAGACAAAAUACUCCGAUGAUGCUUACUUGAUAUGUGACUGGCAUGGUAUGCAGGAUGCUCUGUUGGACAGGGUUUACUGAACACAGAUAUACAGCUUGCAGCUUUGUCCUCUUCACCAACCAAUGUGGCUUUGAAUAUAGCUUUUGUUUGGGGUUAUAACAGAACAAUUGUACUGUUUUAUUUGUAUAUCAUUUUGCAGCUUUACAUGUACCAUAAAAUGACAUUCAGUGGACUGUUUUGAUUCCUAACUAAAGGUUUUUAACUUUGCAGGACAAUUAAAUGGCAUGUUUAUCUUUUUAUAUUAUAUUGCUUAGAGUUAAGCACACAAAUCUCCUUUUUACUUGAAAACAGAGAAUAUUUAUGACCCAUCUGUAAUUUGGUAUGUUUAUUUUUUCACAUAACAAUCAAAAAUUUUCAGUUUUAAAGAUUCCACUGAAAUACAGUAAUUAUAUGUUACAUCAUACUCAUCAUACAUAUUGAGAUGCAUGCAGUCCUUUGGUUUGCCAUUUAACACUUAACCAGCUCUUAUAAUAAUGUGCUUGUUGUGGAAAAAUGUAUUCCUUAAGUCUAUUAAACGUCCAGCAGUAAAACUAUGUUGUGUUACACUAAAACACUGGAAGAAGAAUGUAUGUGUGCUAUAAAUAAGAAUUGUGAAAGAAA